AUGAAGACCAACCCUGCAGGCUCCUCCCUAGAAACCUGUCGAGCUACAGGCCAGGGCGAGAAGGGCUGCCCUGUCUGCCAGGCCUGCGGAGGGGCCUCAGGCCUGGGGUCUGCUUCAGGGUCGGGGUCAGGCCUUGAGCCAGGGCCUGGGGCUGUUCUGGGGUCUGGGCUUGGACCUGGGGCUAUUCCAGCACCGGGACCUGGUCCUGGCGCUGUUCCAGGUUCUGGCCCAGGACCUAGUGCUGUUUCUGUGACUGGGCUAGUACCUGGCGCUUCUUCAGGGCCUACUGCUACUCUGGGACCUGUGCUAGGAGCAGGACCAUUACCUGGAUCAGGAGCUAGGUCUGGAUCCAGGCCAGGAGCUGAGUCAGUACCUGGGUUAGUACCCCAGCCAGGAGCUGGGCCAGUACCUCAGCCAGGAGCUGGGCCAGUACCUCAGCUGGUAAACGAGUCAGUACCUAGACCAGGAGCUGCACCAUUACCUGGGCUGGGCCCAGGGCCUGGGACCAGACGAGGCUCUGGGACUGGUUCUCACCCCAGUGAAUCAGUGACGCCCCCAGAACCAGCGCUACAGCAGAAGACUCAGGCCAAACCCACACAGGCCCCCCGACAGAAGGUUCUGGUAACCGGAGGAGGAGGCUACCUGGGCUUCAGCCUGGGUUCCAGCCUGGCCAAAAGAGGCAUUUCUGUCAUCUUGCUGGACCUCCGCAGACCCCAGUGGCCACUACCCUCAGGGACGGAGUUUAUCCAGGCUGAUGUCCGAGAUGAAGAAGCCCUGUACCAAGCCUUCCAGGGGGUGGACUGUGUCUUUCACGUGGCCUCCUAUGGCAUGUCUGGGGCUGAGAAGCUACAGAAACAGCAGAUUGAGUCUAUAAAUGUCGGAGGCACCAGACUAGUGAUUAAUGUCUGUGUCCGUCGGCGGGUUCCAAGGCUCGUGUACACCAGCACAGUCAACGUGACAUUUGGCGGAAAGCCCAUAGAGCAGGGCGAUGAGGACUCUGUCCCAUACUUCCCCCUGGACAAGCACAUGGACCACUACUCUCGAACCAAAGCCAUUGCUGAUCAGUUGACUCUCAUGGCCAAUGGGACACCUCUCCUAGGAGGAGGCACCCUCCGCACCUGUGUGCUCCGUCCCCCAGGGAUCUAUGGCCCUGAAGAACAGAGACACCUGCCCCGGGUGGCGAACCACAUCAAGAAGAGACUGUUCAUGUUCCGGUUUGGGGAUCGCAGGACGCGCAUGAACUGGGUCCAUGUGCAGAAUCUGGUGCAGGCACACAUGCUGGCGGCUGAGGCCCUCACCGCGGCUAAGGGCUAUGUGGCUAGUGGGCAGGCGUACUACAUCAAUGAUGGGGACAGCGUCAACCUCUUUGAGUGGAUGGCCCCACUGUUUGAGAAGCUGGGGUACAGUCAGCCCUGGAUCUGGGUACCAACUUCCUGUGUUUAUCUGACAGCUGCACUGAUGGAGUACCUGCACCUGGCCCUGAGGCCCAUCUGCACCGUCCCCCCACUACUCACCCGCAGUGAGGUGCUCAGCGUGGCCGUGACGCACACCUUCCAGAUUGCCAAGGCCCGCGCUCAGCUUGGCUACGCGCCAGACAAGUUCAGCUUCGCCGACGCAGUGGAGCGAUAUGUGCAGGCCACGACCCAGCAGCCCCGUGGCUUCACCACGCUGACGCUCCUGCGGCUGCUGCUCCUGCUUCUGGGGCUGCUCGGCCUGCUGGGCCUGACCCUGCACUUCCUAGGGUUGCAGCCUUUGCAGACCGCAGUGCAACACCUGUGAUCCCGCCUCCGAUCCCCGGCCUCGCCCACGUAUGGCUCUCUGAGCUUGUGCUUGGCUUUGACCUCCUGAGUUAGGCUCGCCCCUACGUCCUGGCCACGCCCCCAUUGCUGGCCACGCCCCGGCUCCACCCUCUAGGCUUGUAUUAGUCCUCGUGUUUGGGCUCACUUUCUCUGCUCCGCCCCCCGAGUCUCAGCCACAUUUCCCUACCUUUGGCUUCCUAAUCCAACUUUUUAUUCUUCUCCUGGGCUGGGCGAGGCGGUUGAUGAAGUCCCAGCCUCCUAGCCUGCUUCUCCUUCCCAGCCAUUUCCAGGCUCCUAGCCAUUCCAGCCCUCUCCUCCGUGUAUCUCCCGGUUUUUCCUGCUCUGGUUUCGCCCCUUCUGCCUCCACCCGUACGCUGAAGCUCCAAUGCGGUUGCUUCUUUAGGACAGACCUUACUCCUCCCUCUCGCUCUGUUCCCUUCCAGCCGGGUUUUCGCCGUUUGUCUAAGUGGAUGAGUUCUGGUUGGUAGAGUCUAGAAUUGGACCUGUCUUCUGCUGCUUCUGGGGACAGUGGACCUCCUCCCCUGCCAUGGCUUCUUUGAGUUUGUCCUGAUUUUUACACAGAUUUGUGUGUUGAUUAGCUGGGGAGGGAUACCCAGCCCAACUUGGUAUCUUUGGGUUCUCGGUUAAUGAGUGGAAAUGACUCAGCACAGUAAAAGGUUUCAGUACCAGAAGGGGCAAGGGAAAAAAAAAUUGCAAAAGAAAAUUGAAUGUCUCAUAAAGGUACCAAUGUAGUAGACAAAAUAAGAGUUUGGCUGAUCAUAUUUUAUGAUUUAGAGUUGUGUUCUUGUGCGUGGAAUCAGGAUGUCGUUCCUGCGG